AUGUUUGCUCAACAUUUCUUAAAAUAUUUAUGUUUCUCUCUUUUGUUUUUCUCUUUUGCUGAACAACAAAAUGUUUUUGCCUCCCAACAAAAACAACAGCCAAAAACAAGUUUAUUUAAAACUGAAAGAAAUGAACAACAAAAACAACAGCCAAAACCAACAAAACAACCCCCAAAACAAACAAAAACAUCAAAACAAACAAAAACAACAUUGUUUUCAACAACUAAAACACCAAAAACAUUAAAAACAACACAACAACCUCCUUGUCUUUUACAAGAUUCUGUUCAUAGAAAAAGUGUUUUGACUGAUGUUUUGUCGGGGUAUGACAAAACUGUUCUUCCUUCCAAUGAAAGUGUUGUUGUUAGUGUUGAAUUGACUGUUCAGGCAAGUCGUGUUUUUGGUUUGGAUAUUUCCACUAUCUCAGAAAUCACUGGUUCAUUUGUUGCAGAUGUCUGGUUUUCUCAAAUUUGGUUAGAUCCUCGAUUAGAAUAUUGGAAUUAUUCGUGUAAAUCUAAUCUUUCCUUAGACUCAUCUGUUGCGGAUAAGCUUUGGACACCAAAUGUUUGUUUUGUUAACAGUAAAGAAACAAAAGUACAUCGUUCACCCAGCAAUAAUGUUUUAUUAAUAAUAUAUCCAAAUGGCACAAUAUGGUUAAAUUAUCGUGUUAGAGUUAGCGGUCCAUGUACUUUUACAUUGUCCCAAUUUCCUUUAGAUCAUCAAGAAUGUGUUUUAAUUUUUGAAUCUUAUUCUUACAAUAUUGCAGAAGUUCGUCUAAUAUGGCAAGAAUGGGCACCAGUUACUAUACCUCCACCUGAAGCUCUUCAAUUGCCUGAUUUUCAUUUUUAUAAUGUUAGCUGGGAGACACAAAUGAAUGAAUACACUGCAGGUGCUUGGGAUCAAUUAAAAGUAACAUUUCGGUUUAAACGUUUAUAUGGCUAUUAUAUACUCCAAAUGUAUUUACCAACAUAUUUGUCUGUGUUUAUUUCUUGGAUAGCUUUUUGGUUAGAUUCUCGUGCCUUGCCAGCAAGAAUAACUUUGGGAGUAUCUAGUCUUAUGGCUUUAACUUUUCAAUUUGGAAAUGUUGUUAAAAACCUUCCGAGAGUUAGCUUUGUUAAGGCAAUUGAUUUGUGGUUUUUUGUUUGUGUAUCCUUCAUUUUCUCAUCUCUAGUUGAACUGGCAAUCGUUGGAUUUGCAGAAAAACGAUCGGAUCAGAAACGACAAAAGAGUAAGAAAAGUUGGAGGAAACAAACAAUUAAAAAUAACAAUAAUUCUACGAUAAAAAGCUUUGCUUCAACAUCUUCAGACUCCACUUGUACAAACCCAAAUUUAUAUUUGCCAAAUUCAAUUACACAAAAUGGCCAUUCACCUAUUGUAAUUGAUAAAUGGCCGGAAGGACCACAAAAAGCUGCUCUAUUUAACAAAGUUUCUCGUUCAUUAUCUCCUAGGGAAAGGAGAAAGCGGUAUAGCUUGCUGGAAUCUCCGAGCAGGUAACUGAAAACAUUGCAGACCUCUCUAUAGGAUACACCCCUCACUAGAAAGACCUAAAUUUAAACAUUUCAAAUUUGGUUGGUUACGGCUGGUGGAAACUGCCUAAGGCUACGUUUGCAAUAGAUCUGUUGAGUGUCAAAGUGCUUUGUUCCGCGUAUUUUGUUUCAUUGUAUUGACACUUGUCACGGAUGAUUUUGUAAACACUAUGAAAACAAAUAAGAUACGAGGUUUCAGUCC